UUAUAAUAACUUCAGUUCAAAAUACAAAUGCAUUGCUGUUAUUCUGUAUUUUCAACAAAAUGGUUUAGCUUUCAUUCUCUUUUAUUUCAGAGGAAGGGAGACAUGUCUUAUGAUGAUGGACCGAGGAUGUUCCAAGACCAGCUGGCGGAGAAGGUCCGGCCCUUCAUAGACUUAAUAGAUGACAUGAGAUCCAUAGGGAUAGAUAAGGAGCUGCCACUGCCAACCAUUGCUGUGGUGGGAGACCAGAGUUCAGGAAAGAGCUCUGUGCUUGAGACCCUUUCUGGGGUGGCGCUGCCCAGAGGGACUGGUAUUGUCACCAGGUGCCCACUGCUACUUCAACUCUGUAAUGACAGAACAGUGAAAUGGGAGGCUGUCAUCUCAUACGGAGGGAAAGACAUUCCAUUUGACGAACCUUCAGAAGUCGUGAGAUACGUUGAACAAGCUCAGAACGUGUUAGCUGGAAAGGGAGUGGGGAUAUGUGAAGACCUGAUCACUCUAAAGAUCACAUCCUCCACGGUGUGUGACCUCAGUCUGAUUGACUUACCAGGGAUCACCAGGGUGGCCGUGAAAGGACAACCAGAUGACAUUGGAGUCCAAAUCAAUAAUCUCAUUAUGAAAUUCAUAAAGAAUAAGAGAACCAUUAUUUUGGUUGUGGUACCAUGUAAUGUUGACAUAGCAACAACAGAGGCCCUGAAAAUGGCACAAGAAAUGGAUCCUAAAGGCACAAGAACUCUGGCCAUUCUGACAAAGCCAGACCUGAUAGACCCGGGAGCAGAGAAGAAUGUGUUGGAAAUUGUCCACAAUAGAGUCAUCUUUCUCAAUAUGGGUUAUGUCAUUGUGAAAUGUCGUGGUCAGAAGCAAAUUGAUGAAAACAUGUCAAUAACUCGUGCGAUUGAGGAGGAGUUGGAAUUCUUCCGAAAUCAUGAGCACUUCAGAUCCCUCUUGCGUGAGGAGAAGGCAACCACCAAGUGCCUAGCCACCAAGCUCAGCAAUGCCCUGGUCAAUCACAUCAAGAAAUCCUUGCCCCAGAUGUCAGAGAAGAUAAAGGAGCAGCUGGGGGAGGUAAAGAAUUUAUUAAGUAAAUUAGAGGGCGGGCCUCCCCUUGAACCUGCAGAGAAGAGGAAGUACCUCAUUCAGGUCAUAACAGAUUUCAAUGAGCAGAUUACCCAACUGUCCAAAGGGGAUAUUAUCAUUGAGGAGAAUCUGUUUGUUCUCAUGCGAAAGGAAUUUACAGAGUGGAUGAAAUGUUUGGAAAAUGACAAAUCAAACUACCACAAAGUAGUGCAACAAGUGGUGGAUGAAUAUGAUGAGAAGCACAGGGGAAGCGAACUGCCAGGAUUCAGUAACUACAGGGUAUUUCAACACGUUGUUCAGAAACUAGUGGCUAAACUUAAGAUACCAGCUAUGACGACACUACAGACAAUCAGAGACAUGGUGCAGAAGCAAUUUGAUCAUUUGUCCAAAGAGAGCUUUAAGAAUUAUCCUUAUCUUCAUCUGUUCUCAAAGAAAAACAUUGAAACAAUCCAGGAACAGCAGUCAAACAUAGUGAAGGAGAGGAUCGUGGAGCAGUUUGAGAUGGAGAUGCAGGUCUACACACAGGAUGAUAUCUUCAACAAAGUUAUGCUAGAGGGGGAAACACAUAUUCUAGAGGAGGGGGAAAUAGCAGAAGACAAAGAGCAAGACACCAGGAGCAAGUACCCUGGGCUGCUCAAGGCAUACUAUGAGAUUGUGGUGCAAAGACUGGCUGACCAGGUGCCCAUGCUGAUCCGUUACUUCAUCCUGAAGCAGUCAGCCAAGAUUGUGUGCAGUGAAAUGCUGGAUCUGCUACACAGAGAUGACACUGAUAACAUCCUACAGGAGGAUUCCGAGAUCGGACAGUAUCGUGCAAAGUUGCAGGCCCAAGCGGAUCGCCUUAUACUGGCCAAUGACAAAAUCAGCAGCUUCUGAGUUGGUGAUGUCUUGUCAGUUACAAAAUUCAGAGUUCUUGCCAAACAAUUUAACCGGUUUAUCGAAGUAUAACGAGAUUUUUGGAAAGGUCAAUAAUGGCCAAAUGCUAUUUAUUUUAAAUAAGGAGUAAAAUAAGAUGUAUUUUGUAUAUUUGUAUUCCAAAAAUGAAUGAGAACGGCUAAGAUCAGUGAGAUGCUGUAAUGACGACACCAGUGAAAUCUUACAGGAGGAACAAGAGGUCGGCCGGAAACGUAAAAGGUUGCGGGACCAAGCGGAUCACCUUGGACUGGCCAAUGACAAGAUUAGUAGACUGUGGUUGACAAUUUGUCAAUGUAGAAAUUCUGAGAUGUAGCCAACAAAGCCUGCAAUAAUUAUACCUACAUUUGACCAGCGUACAGAACAUUGUAUAUGUUUAUAUGGUCUCAUGCUUUAAUAUUUAAUCAUUUCUGACGUCUGAAUUCAUAUUCUCUACAUUUUGUCAAAAUUGUGCUUUACAGAAAAUGAUGUGACGGAUAUCAUCACAUAUAUGCAUUGUGUUUUAUGUUUUCAUCUCAAAAUGUACUGAGGAAAUAUGUGAAGAUGGUUGAUAAUAUUAUAUAAAGUGACAAAUGAAAUGGA